AUGCACAGCGUAGCUGAGCUGGGGCGCUGCGUGUCGGAAGGUGCGGCGCGUCAGGAUGGGCGUGCGAUAGCGCGUGUGUUUUCGCUGCACUCUAGCAGUGUGCGCCGCGUCAUGGCGACUGUCGCGGACCCGUCGGUGCCGGUCGUGCAUGCGUUGCUGUACGCUUCUCGCGUGCCGUCAGGAUGGAGUGAUGUGUGUGAAUUGUAUGUGCGGUGUGGCGCGCUGCUUUUUGGACCAAGCUCGCGUUCACGCAAGCCUGCUGAGUCGUGGCACCUGGCUGCCGAAGCUUUACAAGCAUCGGCUAGCGCCUUUUUGCGUCUGUUUGCUGCGCUCACACCCGGACGGUGGGCGAUACCCGUGCUGCGUGCACUGCUCAGAGACUUGCGAUGGGUGUCAAAGUGCGCGGAUGACGCGAGCAAUGCAGCAUCGCGCGAUUCGCGUGCCUCGCAUGCCCACCUGGAAGAGUGCGCACGCAUCCUAAACAAGGGCUUUACGGCCUGCAUCGCUGACCGCCAUCCUGUGCUGGAAGAGAGCAAGAAAUGGGGCACAUAUGCCAUGGUCAGCCUCGUUUUUGCCACAUACUUCCAGCUGCGAUCUAUUUCGCUGUGCAAAAACAUUGUGCGCGCGCUGGGCGCCGGCGACCUGCCACCCCUCAGCGCGUUUCCUCGGGCACAGAUGGUCACGUUUCGCUACUACAUGGGGCGUCUCGCCUUGCUGGACGAGGAUUAUGGGCGUGCAGAGGCUGAGCUCUCUUCCGCCUUGGCCUACACGCCGCGGCAUGCAGCAAAGCAGCUGGAGCGCAUCCUUGUGUAUCUCACGCCCGUGCGUGUGCUACAAGCGCAGCAUCCGACCUUUCUCGCAUCGUAUCCCCGUCUCGAGGCGACUUAUGGCCCGCUGAUACAGGCCUGCGAACGUGGUGAUGUUCGUGCAUUUGAUGCGGCGCUGAAUGAGACUCGGCGUGAGCAAAGUCUUGUUCGCUUGGGCGUGUACCUGGCUUGGGAGCACGCACGAGACGUGUGUAUUACGCGGCUCAUACGGCGCGUUUGGCGCCAAGAGGGCAGCUCGACGCGGACGCGAUUGGCGCCGAUCGCCUCGGCGCUCCAGUGGCUCGAUGGCGCAUCGGAUGCUUCGGGCGCCGAGUGGCUGGUCGCCACCCAAAUCGCGCGUGGGCGAAUCAAGGGGUAUAUAGCACAUGAGCGCCAGAUGGUCGUCCUGAGCGCGUCGGAUCCAUUUCCGCACGCGGCGCUCACGAUGCUGUCUUAG